ACCUGGAUCCUAACGGCAAGAAUCUAAGUAUAGUCUCAAUCUCCCAAGAUGGCAUCACCGCCCUCGACUGAGUCCGUUAAAGCUGUGAGCAUUUUUCAUUCUCUUUGCAUAUCUAGGCUACAGCUCUGUUCAUGGCAAACACGACAAAAAACUUGUUACCCGAAUAUCUCAUCCGGACUUUGGAUAAGAAUGGCGAGGAGAUCAAAUCCGUUGGUUUUCAGCGAUUUGGUUUCGACAGUGAAGUUCCUAUCGAUAUCCUGCGUUCCCUGUACCUCCGAUCACAUUAUGUCGUGACGGCGUCAGAAUCCCAAGUUUCCGAAUUGGAUGCAAAAGAAGAGGAAGAACAUGCAAGGUUUACACAAGGCCUCAAUGCCUAUCAAUCAAAGUCCAUCUAUCAUCCCAGCACACAGUCGAUCUCUUAUACCACGCUUUCUCGCUUUCCUCCGGUAAAACUUUUGCCUCCUUCUUCCCGCAAACGUAUUCUGGUGACGGGAGGAGCUGGCUUUGUUGGAUCUCAUCUCGUUGAUCGGCUCAUGCUCCUCGGUCAUGAAGUCACUGUGUUGGAUAACUUUUUCACCGGUUCCAAAACCACGGUGAGCCACUGGAUCGGGCAUCCCAAUUUUGAAAUGGUUCGCCACGAUGUGGUCGAACCUUUCAUGAUCGAAUGUGAUCAAAUAUAUCACCUUGCUUGUCCGGCAUCUCCUCCUCAUUACCAGUUCAAUGCGGUAAAGACUAUCAAAACAUCCUUUAUGGGCACACUUAAUAUGCUGGGUCUCGCCAAGCGUACCAAAGCUAGAUUCCUCAUUAGUAGUACUUCCGAGGUAUACGGAGACCCCGAAGUUCACCCCCAGCAUGAGGACUAUUGGGGUCACGUGAACCCUAUUGGGCCUCGUGCUUGUUAUGAUGAAGGAAAACGCGUUGCAGAAACUCUGACAUACGGCUUUCACCGGCAAGACGGUGUCGAUGUGCGUGUUGCACGGAUCUUCAACACUUACGGUCCCCGAAUGAAUCCACACGAUGGGCGUGUCGUAUCCAAUUUUAUCGUGCAGGCUCUCCGAGGCGAAGACAUGACAGUGUACGGCGAUGGGAAGCAGACACGUUCAUUCCAGUAUAUUCACGACUUGGUCGAUGGUCUCAUUGCACUUAUGAACUCUUCUGAAACUCGCCCUGUCAAUGUGGGUAACGGCGAUGAAUUCACAAUCGGCGAGUUUGCAGAACUCGUCCGCGAGAUUGUUGAAAAGGUCCAGGAAGAAGACGGUGUCAAAUUGGAGAAGCGUGUACAGAUCGUGUACAAGCCCAUACCGACGGAUGACCCUCAGAAAAGGCGACCUGAUACCACGCGAGCCAAAGAAUCUUUGGACUGGCAGCCGAAAUGGACGGUGCGCAUGGGCUUGGAAGAGAUGGUUAGAUAUUACAAGGCAAAGAUGGCGGAAGGCAGCAUCUAGACGCCAAAUUUGUAGAUGUAGAUAAUGCUAAUUUCAAAAAACAACUUGCUUGCGCCAACUUUAUUAUCAUCAAUAGGAUGGAUGUGUACAUGUAAAUAGUAGUAGUGUUCUAACAACUAAACAGAUAAAUGCGUUCCUAAAAGUGUAUAACAUAAUCUCGUAAAUGAGUCCGAAGUAGAGUACAGAGAACAUGUCAUGCCCAACCAAGACACGCCAACAUCUACAACAGAAGGUAUCGUAAGUACUUUUUCACAACCAGACAUGGACCUGUGAUCAACAUUAUAACACAUGGUGGUGUAUGUGCAGCUGGGUAUCAUGACAUUAUCUUGGGCAGCGAAACGCCGGUUGAUGCUACCACUUUCGACAUGGAGCCCUUGAUGACAUACUUGUCGACAGAGCUUGGAUUGAACGUUGUUCGCCGUAUUCGACCGUCCUGGGCGAGCUCCGUGGUGACCAGUUCGGACUGUGUUUCUGGAAUCAUUGGCAGAGGUAAUGAAGGUUCUGGUUCUGAGUAGUGCGAUGUAUACUUGAUUUGCGCUGCUACCAGAUCAGGUGAAAUGUAGCUCAAUCCAUCCCGACCAGGAUAGAACCAAUGUUGUUCUUUCCGUUCCGAAUAUUUCCGCAUAGGU